AUGGAAAUUCAAAAUAAUAAUAAUAAUGAAAAUGAACAACAAUCACAAAUUGAAAUGGAAAGAGCGAUGAAAAUAAAGAAUGUCCAGAAAUCUAUUGAUGAAAUGGAGAGUAAACCAAAGCUUCAUUUCUUGGUGAUGGGAAUUCCAAAAUCAGGACAAACCACUAUUGUUCAGAGAUUCGUUAGAGUACCAUUUGCAACAAUCACCGAAAAUGAUUUGAAUCUUCCACUUUACAAUAAUCAAAAGAAGAUCAUCGAUGAUCAUCAUGCUAACCAAGAUGGAAUGGAGAAUGAGAAGGAGAAGGAUCUCCAGAUAUUCAUUCGUGAUCUAUCGAAAAACGGAAUGAAAAUCGGUAGACUCAUCGCAAUGGAUGGAAUUGUAUUGGUUUACAAUGUAACAGACCCCGAUGCCAAAGAAAAGUUGAAACAAUACUACAAUGAAUCGAUUGUCAAUCUCAAACAUUUUAGAUCUGAUAUACCAAUUGUUGUUGCAGCCAAUAAAGCAGAUUGCAACAGUCCAAACUCUUCAAUUCAAGAGAAUGACUCUACUGUCAUCAAGAACUAUGAAUCCGUCCAAGAGUGGUGUAGAUCCAAACAAAUCAAAACACAUCUUCUUACCUCUGCAACCUAUGAUCUCAACAUUGAUAAACUAUUCGAGGAACUCAUCAAACAAUCGAAAGAAUACAGAUCAGUUGUACCAAAACAACCAAAUCCAUGUAAAGUUCAAUAA